CAGAAUAAGCCAAUCAGGGCGCAGCCCGGGCUGAGCGCGUGCAGGGUGUCAUGGCGGCCUGCAGGGGCUGCUGCUCAUGCCUCCGGCUUCGGCCGCUGGGCAGAGGUCCCUUCCGUCUGCCAGGGAGGGAUCGGACACUCACCCAGCUGCAGGUGCGAGCACUAUGGAGUGGCGGGAGGUCCCGAACCGUGGCCGUGGACUUAGGCAGCAGAAAAUUAGAAAUAUCAUCUGGAAAACUGGCCAGAUUUGCAGAUGGCUCUGCUGUAGUACAGUCAGGUGACACUGCAGUGAUGGUUACAGCAGUCAGUAAAACAAAACCUUCACCUUCCCAGUUCAUGCCUUUGGUGGUUGACUAUAGACAAAAGGCUGCUGCAGCAGGUAGAAUUCCCACAAACUAUCUUAGAAGAGAGAUUGGUUCUUCUGAUAAAGAAAUUCUUACAAGUCGAGUAAUAGAUCGUUCAAUUAGACCUCUCUUUCCAGCUGGCUACUUUUAUGAUACACAGAUCCUUUGUAAUCUGUUAGCAGUAGAUGGUGUUAAUGAACCUGAUGUCCUAGCAAUUAAUGGUGCUUCUGUAGCCCUCUCAUUAUCAGAUAUACCUUGGAAUGGACCUAUUGGGGCAGUACGAAUAGGAAUGAUUGAUGGAGAAUGUGUUGUUAACCCAACACGAAAAGAAAUGUCUUCCAGUACUUUAAAUUUAGUGGUUACUGGAGCACCUAAAAGUCAGAUUGUCAUGUUGGAAGCCUCUGCAGAGAAUAUUUUACAACAGGACUUCUGCCAUGCUAUCAAAGUGGGAGUGAAAUAUACACAACAAAUAAUUCAGGGCAUCCAGCAGUUGGUAAAAGAAAUUGGUGUUAGCAAGAGGACACCUCAGAAGUUAUUUGUUCCUUCACCAGAGAUUGUGAAACAUGCUCAUAAACUCGCCAUGGAAAAACUCUACACAGUUUUUACAGAUCAUGAACAUGAUAAAAUUUCCAGGGAUGAAGCUGUUAACAAGAUUAGAUUAGAUACAGAGGAACAACUAAAAGAAAAAUAUCCAGAGGUUGAUUCAUAUGAAAUAAUAGAAUCCUUCAAUGUUGCUGCAAAGGAGGUUUUUAGAAGUAUUAUUUUGAAUGAAUACAAAAGGUGUGAUGGUCGUGAUUUGACUUCACUUAGGAAUAUAAAAUGUGAGGUAGAUAUGUUUAAAAUUCUUCAUGGAUCAUCAUUAUUUCAAAGAGGACAAACACAGGUGCUUUGUACUGUUACAUUUGAUUCAUUAGAAUCCAGUAUUAAGUCAGACCGGAUUAUAACAGCUAUAGAUGGGAUAAAGGAUAAAAACUUCAUGCUGCACUAUGAGUUUCCUCCUUAUGCAACUAAUGAAAUCGGCAAAGUCACAGGUGUAAAUAGAAGAGAACUUGGGCACGGGGCUCUUGCUGAGAAAGCUUUGUAUCCUGUUAUCCCUAAAGAUUUUCCUUUCACCAUAAGAGUCACAUCUGAAGUACUAGAGUCAAAUGGGUCAUCUUCUAUGGCAUCUGCAUGUGGUGGAAGUUUAGCAUUAAUGGAUGCAGGAGUUCCAAUUUCAUCUGCUGUUGCAGGUGUGGCAAUAGGAUUGGUCACCAAAAACAAUCCUGACAAGGGUGAAAUAGAAGAUUAUCGUUUGUUGACAGAUAUUCUGGGGAUUGAAGAUUACCAUGGUGACAUGGAUUUCAAAAUAGCCGGCACUGCUAAGGGAAUAACUGCAUUACAGGCUGAUAUUAAACUACCUGGAAUACCAAUAAAAAUUGUAAUGGAGGCCAUUCAGCAAGCCUCAGUGGCAAAGAAGGAGAUAUUACAGAUUAUGAACAAAACAAUUCCAAAACCUCGAGCAUCUAGAAAAGAAAAUGGACCUGUUGUAGAAACUGUUCAGGUUCCAUUAUCAAAACGAGCAAAAUUUGUUGGACCAGGUGGCUAUCAUUUAAAAAAACUUCAGGCUGAAACAGGAGUAACUAUUAGUCAGGUGGAUGAAGAAACAUUUUCCAUAUUUGCACCAACACCCAGUGCUAUGCAUGAAGCAAAAGACUUCAUUACUGAAAUCUGCAAAGAUGAUCAGGAGCAGCAAUUAGAAUUUGGAGCAGUGUACACCGCUACAAUAACUGAAAUCAGAUUAAACAUCCCACUGCUUUAGGAUUAGAAGUUGGCCAAGAAAUUCAGGUGAAAUAUUUUGGACGUGAUCCAGCUGAUGGAAGGAUGCGGCUUUCUCGUAAAGUGCUCCAGUCUCCAGCUACAACUAUUGUCAAAACUUUAAAUGACAGAAACAGUAUUGUAAUGGGAGAAUCUAUUUCACAGUCAUCAUCUAAUUCUUCUCAGUGACUUUUUUUUUUUAAGAAUUCUAGAAUGAUAUUCUAUGGAGCAAAAUUUCAGUAGUAUCUUCUAAUGUAUAGAUUUAUAUAUAAUAUAAAUAUAUUCUAAUGAUUUGUAUUACAGUGCUCACUUUACAUGUUCCAUUUUUUUUUACCACUUCCAGUUACCUAUAUUAUUUACAUCAUAAAUCAAUAAAUAUUUAUUAUUAAAAGUAAACCAUUUAUACAUCUUAGAAAAGAUUACCCUUUAAUUCUUGUAAUUUUGAAAUAUCUGAAAACUUCAGAAAUAAUAGAUCACAUUUGCUGCUAUAAUGAUUUCUUCCUAUUAUCUUAUUUUUCUUCUUUAUAUACGGUAUUGACAGUUUAGUCAUCUUAUGGCCCACCUCUUUGCACAACAGCUUUACUUAUCCACAUCUGUUUCACAAACUGGAACUUACCAUAUUCAAAACCAUUCCCUAUUUCUUUAGUACAGUUACCAAUUACAGUAAGGAGUUGAAGAAGCUAAUUUGAUGUUUUUAUUUUUUUUGUCUUUUUAGUGCUUCACCCACAGCAUAUGGAAGUUCCCAGGCUAGGGGUCUAAUCAGAGCUGCAGCUGCCAGCCUACACCACAGCAACGUGGGAUCCAAGCUGCAUCUACGACAUACACCACAGCUCGUGGUAACACUGGGUCCUUAACCCACUGAGUGAGGCCAGGGAUCCCACCCACGUUCUCAUGGAUACUAGUUGGGUUGGUUACCACUGAGCCACAGUGGGAACUUCCUAAUUUGAUGUUUUUAAUAAUAACCUUUAACCUUUCAAAUUGGUCACAAACCCAUAAAUAUAGUGGAGAUUUAUAAUUAAUAUUAUAAAUAUCUGAUGAGAAUGAGGUAAUCAUUUUUCAAAUUUAGAAAAUUAGAAAAAUAAUUUACUAAUACAGCACUAAGUCAUUUAGUAUGUAUGUUGCUAAUGUAUGGAUGUUCUUGGUAGAAGGGAUGGAGGAAUCAUGAUUUUCAAUUAAUAAAUAAAUGUGUGAAAAAGCCAUGUAUAGAAACUAUUGAUGAAAUUAUUAGUAAUAGCUAUAAGAUGAUGUUCACUCCCUUUAAGAUACCAUGUUAUAAUUCCAUAAAGUAAAUGGUUCAUGGAAUUCAUAAUUUAGAAUAUUCAGUCCUUUUAUAUCUAAUAAAAUAUUUGCAAAUUCAUGACUUAGGGCUAACUAGUUAUAAAACAUUAAAAAUUUAGCUGGCCAUUAAAGACUUAAAUAUAAGACAAGACACCAUCAAAUUCCUGGAAGAGAACAUAGGCAAAACAUUCUCUGACAUCAACUUUACAAAUGUGUUCUCAGGUCAGUCUCCCAAAGCAACAAAAAUAAGAGCAAAAAUAAACCAAUGGGACCUAAUCAAACUGACAAAUUUUGCACAGCAAAGGGAACCAAAAACAAAACAAAAAGACACAGAAUGGGAGAAAAUCAUUUCAAAUGAUGCAACUGACAAGGGCUUAAUCUCUAGAAUAUACAAGCAACUUAUACAACUCAACAGCAAAAAAGCCAGCAACCCAACUGAAAAAUGGGCAAAAGACCUGAAUAGACAUUUUUCCAACGAAGAUGUACAGAUGGCCAACAAGCACAUGAAAACGCGCUGAACAUCCCUGAUUAUUAGAGAAAUGCAAAUCAAAACUACCACAAGAUACCACCUCACACCAGUCAGAAUGGCCAUCAUUAAUAAGUCCACAAAUGACAAAUGCUAGAGGGAGUGUGGAGAAAAGGGAACCCUCCUGCACUGUUGGUGGGAAUGUAAGCUGGUACAACCACUAUGGAGAUCAGUAUGGAGGUACCUUAGAAAUCUAUACAUAGAACUACCAUAUGACCCAGCAAUCCCACUCUUGGGCAUAUAUCCGGACAAAACUACUUAAAAAAGAUACAUGCACCCUCAUGUUCAUUGCAGCUCUGUUCACAAUAGACAAGACAUGGAAACAACCCAAAUGUCCAACAACAGACGAUUGGAUUAGGAAGAUGUGGUAUAUAUACACAAUGAAAUACUACUCAGCCAUAAAAAAGAAUGAAAUCAUGCCAUUUGCCGCAACAUGGAUGGAACUACAGAUUCUCACAGUGAAGUAAGUCAAAAAGAGAAAGACAAAUACUAUAUGAUAUCACUUAAAUCUGGAAUCUAAUAUACAGCACAAAGGAACCUUUCCACAGAAAAGAAAAUCAUGGACUUGGAGAAUAGUCUUGUGGUUGCCAAGGGGGAGGGGGAGGGAGUGGGGUGCUUGGGGAGCUUGGGCUUAAUAGAUACAAACUAUUGCCUUUGGAAUGGAUUAGCAAUGAGAUCCUGCUGUGUAGCACUGGGAACUAUGUCUAGUCACUAAUAGAGCAUGAUAAUGUUCAAAAAUAGAAUGUGUACAUGUAUGUGUAACUGGGUCACCAUGCUGUAGAGCAGAAAAAAAAAAAUUGUAUUGGGGAAAUAACUAUUAAAAAAUUAAUAACAAAUAUUCUUUGUUUAAAAAAAAAUUUAGAUGGCCAAAGAUUUUUUAAAUGUGUGUAUAUAAGACAGUAAACAUUGAUUAUACACCUGUAGUGUAUAAAACAGCAUGACAGGCAAUGUUACACUUUCUGAAAUACUGAGUACCAAUUGUAAAUGAAAGAUUAAACUAUGUGCUUUGUACA